AUGGCGGAAAAGAUGGAGUUUGACUAUAUUGUGUGUGGUGGCGGCACAUCCGGCUGCGUCGUCGCCUCUCGCCUCGCAGAAGACUCAAACAUCUCAGUCCUCGUGAUUGAAGCUGGCGAAAACUGCCUGGACGUCGUGGGCAGUCAGAUGUCAGGUGGGAUGCUCCAGCUCCUUGGAGGCCCUCACGAUUGGAACUUCUUCAGCACGCCGCAAACUCACGCUGCUGAUCGGGAGAUUUCACUCACCAGAGGCAGGUUCCUCGGCGGCAGCAGCGGUUUGAACGGAACUCUGUGCAUUCGCGGCACGAAGCAGGACUACGAUGACUGGGAUGUACCGGGUUGGUCGGGAGAGGAAAUGUUUGCGGCGAUGAAGAAGGCUGAGAAUUUCCGGGGGAAGGAUUGGUUUGAAGUCAAAAAGGAUGCACAUGGAUUUGAUGGCCCGGUCAAUGUCGAGCCCCAUGAUCUGGCGCCCAUCUCGGAACGGAUCAUGGAGUCUCUGCAGGAUCAGGGAUUUCCACUGGAUCAUGACAUGUUCAGCACAGGCGAGCGAGCUCAUGGCUGUGGCCACGCACCCAGGACUGUGUACAAUGGGCUUCGCACUACUGCCGCGGAGUAUACACGAGGCUGGGAACACAAGACAAACUUCACCAUCCUCUUCAAGACCCAAGUCUCGAAAGUCAACCUCACGAGAACAGAGACGGGUCUUCAAGCCACCAGCGUUGAGGCGAUCACCUCCGACGGCGAGACUAAAACAUACACCGCCCGCCACGAAAUCAUCCUCUCAGCUGGCACAUACUGCACACCCGCCAUUCUCCUCCGCUCAGGCAUUGGCCCCAAAGUCGAACUGGUCAAGCACAACAGCCCCUGCCACGUCGACCUCCCAGGCGUAGGCCAAAACCUCCAAGACCACCUCAUCGUCUUCGUCCCCUACGAAGUUCUCCCAGGCCUGACCUACGACAACAAACUCUACCCCGAGGAAGCACUGAAAGCCACCUACGAAGAAUGGGUGACGAAGAAAACCGGCCUCCUGUCCACCUUCCCCUUCGGAGCAUUCGCUUACGCCAGACUGGAUGACAGACUUCAAGACUCCAAGGACUGGCAACAAGCCAAAACGGCCGAUCGAGACCCCAUGGGCCAAACAAAAUCCCAACCCCACAUCGAAUUUCGGAACACAGAAUGCUGCGUCGGACCGCGCGAACUGCCCCCCGCAAGCGGCAAAAACGCCUUCGCAAUGGUCACGGAGCUCUUCUCUCCCCACUCCCGCGGAAGCGUCACCCUCUCAUCGACAGACCCCUUCGCAGCACCAGUCAUCGACCACAAUUACCUCUCCCACCCGCUCGACCUCCUCGUCUUAACCGAGGGCGUGAGGUUGGGAAACGAAAUCGUCAUGCAGGGCAAAGCCACGAGAGACCUCAUCCUCAACUCUUAUCCCUCGGAACUCACGCAGCAUCAUCUGCAUAAGACCCGCGAGGAGUGGAUCCCUUUCGUCUGCCGCGGGGCGACGACGUGCUAUCACCCCGUGGGGACGUGCAAGAUGGCGAGCGCAGCGAGCUUGGCAGACGACCCUGCCGCGGUGGUCGAUGAGCGUCUUCGAGUUCGCGGUGUACGAGGUCUGAGAGUCGCAGAUUGCAGCAUCAUCCCCAAGAUCCCGAAUGGGCAUACGUGUAUGCCGGCUUAUGGGAUUGGGGAGAGGGGGGUGGAGAUUUUGAGGGACGAUUUGAAGGAUGCUGGGACAAGGAGGGAGGCGCGGAGCGGGAAGGAGGAGAGGUUGUAG